AUGGCAGCUCAGCACCGUCGAGGGCGGAGGCUUUUUGACCCACCAAGUGGUCAGCCCAAGUUUGCAGACAAAGUGCUGAAAGGUAUCAUGGAACAGGUUCUCACCAGAGGCUCAAAGAUUUGGCGCACAGGUUUUUUCUUCGAUGAAGACUCCGGUGCCGUCUUCGGUGAGGAGACUACGGUUGAACAGAUUGCUCAGCUGCUUGGGGACGAGAUUCCAGAGGCACGUGGACCACGCGCCCUCCUGGGCCAUGCUAAAGUCAUCAAGGACAGCUUCCCGCACAUGCGAACGCCGGGGUGUGAUCCGAGCAAGCCAAGUGUUUCGAAAGUCAUGAAGGAGAUGUUGAACAAUCAGACAGCUGCUCUUCCCCAUGCGGUUGGAGAGGAGAUGGCUGUUCCUGGUACACACAACAAGCACAUAGUGAGUGACACAGGUGGCACAUCUAUGCCGAUGCACCUUCCCAAGAGCUAUCUGCCACGCGCUAGUUCCAGCACGCCCGGGCCGUCGGGACCUGCAGCAGCAGCUGCCUUCCGAGGUUUGUCUGGCUCGCGCUCUCACAUGUCAGCAGGGGCUUUACCGAUAGGUGGCCAGAAGUGGCGGCCACCUGGUUGGAAGGAAGGGACAAGUUCGCCGCAUGAGCAGUUGCAGGACAAGGGCCCAAACGCGGAGUUCUAUGAGCGACCUGCCUUUGAGGUGUGGGGAGUUCGGGUUGUUGUGGCGCUCGUGAUCUUCGCGCUCUACAUCGAGUUCAAAGAUGUCAACAUCAGUCCAGCAGGUCAGAUCACCCGCAAGCCUCGGCCAAAAAGACACCUGACGCCACAAGAAGAGGAGGAGCUGAGACGGCAAGAAGAAGCCUCCAUGAAGUGA